CCGUUAAUCAAGUAAUCAGUGAUCUCCCACCAAAAAAGAAAGCUCAGCAAAAGUGGGAAAUCAACCAAGCUCAAAAAAACAUGGCGAUAUCGAAACGGAUCGUAUUUCCAGCUCUCCUAUGGCUUCUCGCUCUCUUCGCAUUCUUACUUCUUAUUCUGAACCAUUUAAAUGAUCCUGGAUCAUCUGAAGUGCAGAAAGUUAGGGAUCCACGCAUAAAUAGUGAUGAUCUAGGGAGUGUAAAAGAGGGGAAGGCGUCCAUUGAUGGGAUGAGAGAAGUGACUCACCGGGUUUUUUUCGAUGUCGAGAUUGAUGGGAAGCCUGCUGGAACAAUUAUUAUGGGCCUCUUUGGAAAAACAGUCCCCAGAACUGUAGAGAAUUUUCGAGCUCUAUGCACGGGGGAGAAAGGAACUGGAAACAGUGGGAAACCUCUGCACUUUAAAGGAAGCAAAUUUCACCGGAUCAUUCCAAGUUUUAUGAUUCAGGGAGGAGAUUUCACUGUUGGUGAUGGCCGUGGUGGAGAAUCUAUAUAUGGUGAGAGGUUUGCAGAUGAGAACUUCAAACUGAAGCAUACCGUCCCAGGACUUCUAUCAAUGGCAAAUGCUGGACCAGAUACCAAUGGAUCACAGUUCUUUAUUACAACUGUUAAAACAAACUGGUUGGAUGGGCGGCAUGUUGUGUUUGGUGAAGUGUUGUCGGGAAUGGAUGUCGUCCACAAGAUUGAAGCACGUGGAACACAAAAUGGAAUUCCGAGAGGAAAAGUCGUGAUAUCCAAUUCCGGGGAAAUGAAAUCAUCAUCAUCAUGAUUCAAAAAGGCACUGUACGCCGAUUAUCAGAUAUUUCUACCCAGUUUCCCUUGACGUUGACGAUAAUUAUCCAGAUAUUUCUUGGAAGAACCUAUACUAGCAUCUUGUGUAAUGUCGACAUUAUUGUAAUCCUGGCAUAAUUUGCCACUUUCCAAAUCAGUAAGACAGUAACCUUCUAUUGUAGAGUUGCACUAUAUUGCACAAUUCUUUGUUCAAUAUUCUGAAAUGACAUGACAAUAUGACAUAAUAGUUGGAUUAUUCA